ACACACCAGCAUCUCGUCAACACCAAUUCCAAUCUCACAAAGAUCCAUAAUGCAAAGAGUGUACCCAAGUCUUCCCUACAAUCUUCCCUCAUCAAACCAAUCAAAGGAUCAAAAUGGCCGUACCCUCCUCUCCCUUCCUACCGAAUUGCUCCAAGCCGUCAUCGGCGAAAUGGUAUCAGCCUUUGGGAUAUACCAAGCUAUUAAGUUGCGUUUGAUCAGUAGUAAUUAUCUCUCCAAUUUCAAAAUGAUAGCGAUGGAAUUCUGACUUUUGAGUAGAAUGGUUCAACGAAUUGCUUUUAGAUGUCAUCUAUAAAGGGCCCUACAUCAAACUAGCCGUUCUCCAACGCGAAAAACAGAGGAUCAUCCCUCCUCCAUUCCUAGCGGGCUUUCUCAUAGCCCGGUAUGAGAAAUACAAUCAAUUCAACGGUUCCUUAAUGAACAUCAUUGCCCGCUCCGCCCUCCGACUGGAAGAGGAUGACGGGGUUCUUCUCAAUCACGAUAUCCGAGCGAGGAGAAUUGCUGCGCUAUGUCAUGCCGUUUCCCGAAAUUUACAUCAUGAAGAAAUCAUUCGAUUGGGUGAUAGUAGUGAUGCAUAUUACUCCUUAUGGGAUUCGCACGAUGAGAACUACGGUGCUCUCAUAGCGGCAGCUUCAACGGGGGAUCUGUCAUCCACGCAAGACUUUUUCGAGAAAGUCAAAGUCUGCACUUGUACUUCCACACGAGCAGAAGAUUGCUUCGGAACCGCCCUUAUAGCAUCAACCUCCAGCGGACAAUACCACACCACCAACCUCCUUCUAAAGAGCGGUGCAAACCCAAAUCUCGUCUCCAGAACUCCGCCAGCAUACCUCACAGCCCUCAAAGCCGCAUGUGAAGCAGGAAACAGCCAAAUAGCAACCCUCCUCCUCUCACCAUCCUACAAACUCAUCCGAUCAGACGACCACUACCAACGAGCCGUAGAGCUAGCAAUUAACGGCCAUCACUGGGACCUAGCUCAAUACCUAAUAGAGCGCAGCGAAGUCCCACACACCACCACCCUCACCACACGCCUCUUCUUCGAAGCCGCCCUCGCAGGAAACCUCCCAGUCCUCUCUUCCCUCCUCUCCUCCAAAGCAGUAGAUAUAAACCAACCAAGCCCCUCCCAUAUCCGAGACCAUCUCCAAAACCACUCCAUCCUCGGCUUCGCCGCCUCAAAAGGCCACACCUCAGCCGUCCACCUCCUCCUAACCCACAACCCUCUAAAACACACGCCCCAAUUCCACAACGCCCUCAUCGCCGCCGCCACCACCCCCUCCAUCCCCCUCGCCGCACUCNUCCACCUCCUCCUAACCCACAACCCUCUAAAACACACGCCCCAAUUCCACAACGCCCUCAUCGCCGCCGCCACCACCCCCUCCAUCCCCCUCGCCGCACUCCUCCUCUCCGCAGGCUGCAACAUAAACCACAUCCUCACCACCUCGCACCCCUUCUCCCCUCUCGACACACCCCUCAGCGCAGCCUGUCGACACCGUCGCACAGGAAUGGUACGUUUCCUCCUCUCGCAGGGCGCGGACGUGAAGGCGGGGGGUAAAGGCGACUCGGCGUUGUUGCUGGCGUGUAAGAUGGGGGCGUUUGAGAUUGUAAGGAUGUUGGUGGAGGCAGGGGUGGAUCCGGAUGGGUGGGAGAGUCGGAGGAGUCGGAGGAGUGUGCCGGUUUUGACGGCGUUGAAGAGGGGGCAUUAUCGCGUGGUGGAUUUGUUGCUGGUGCUUGGGGCGAGGAGUUUGAGGCCGGGGUUUCAGGAGGCUUUGUGA